UAGAUUUCUUGUAUUCCCUAUUCUCUUUAUGAAAUUGAACCUCACAAAAAAUGCAGUCUCUUGAAAGUAUCACAGAUCCCCCAUUUCCUCAAAACCCUAACAAUUCUUCUUCGUCAAUCGGAUUGUACGGAUGGCUCUUUGAAUGUCAUGGAUUUUUGCAUAACCUAGCACUCAUUAUUCCUUCUCUUCUAUUUGCUCUUUUGGGGUUUCAAGCUAAAAAGAACUUUCAAAAGCUCUCUCAUGGAAGGUCAUAUAUCAUGAUUUCUUACUACGGUUGCCUUUGGCUCGUUAGCUUGCUCAAUCUUGCUUGGUGUUGUGUUCAGGUCUGGGAAUGCAUUCCUGGAAAGGAAAUGGCAUGGAAUGUCUUAUCAUUAUUUACAACUUCUGGGAUGCUAUUCCUGGAAGUUAGCUUGUUGGCAUUUUUACUUCAAGGAAAUCAUGCUAGUGGGUUGCAAGCUUUGACACGGACAUUCAUUAUUUCUGGGCUUAUUGUUGGUUUGGACUUACUUCUGAAGGCUAUUUACCUAUUUGGAUUUGGUGUCCCCUUGUUCAUCGAUAACUCAGAACAUCCACAUCAGGUGAAAUGGGGCUUAUGGGUUGUUCACAGGCUUGUGCUGACUGCUAUUUAUGGCUCCAUACUGUUUAUGUACCAUUCCAAGUGGAGAGAAAGGUUACCUGCAAGACCUGCAUUCUACAAAUAUGUUGCCAUCAUGUUCAUCUUGAAUGCCCUAUCGCUGUUCGCUUGCAUACUAACUGGAAAUGGUGCUAGCUUUGGAUUUUGGUUGUACAGCGCCACAAUCAUUUGCUACCAUGGCUUGUACCUUCCUCUUCUGUACAGAACUUUUCUGGCAGAUUUUUUCCUGGAGGAAGACAUGCAUUUAGAGAAUGUAUACUACUCGGAGAUGAAAGAUGCUGGUUUCUUUGACGCCGACUGGGAGUAAGCAUUGUAUGAACUUUGAAUUAGUAGAUUUUCUUUCCAUUAAGCUCUGUGAAUAAAACAAAGUGCAAUUCAGAUUGUAAAUGUAUGAUCAAAGGGAUAACUGAUCAACGCCUGGAUAUAGUAUUUUCUGAUCAAAUCCAAUAAAUCUAGAACCUGCUUUACCUUAAGCUUCUUUGUAAACCUGGUGUAAUCAGUUGGUCCUUGAUAUUUCUUCUGUAUGUGCUAGGAAUGUAUUGUCAUGUAGAUCUGGAGUUUGAAUAUC